AAGGCACUGAUGGACACUGACAGGUGGCACUGCUGGGGCUACACUGAUCAUCAGGGCACACUGAUCAUUAGUGCCCUGAUGAUCAGUAGCGGGGAUCGGCACCGAUCAUCAGGGCACUGAUGAUCAGUGCCCUGAUGAUCGGUGCCCAGCAGUGACACCCGCAAGUUCCGCCCAGCAGUGUGCCCACUAGCUCCGCCCACCCGUGCCCAGCAGUGCACCCACCUGUGCCCAGCAGUGCA